AUGAUCGGCUCUGCUCCUGAUUCGGCCCGCCGGAAGCCGAGUCACGGUAGUGCCAACGAUGAGGUGCGGGAUGGUGGCACUGUGGUAAAGAACACGAAGAGGUCCGCUGAUGCCUUCACAGAGAAGAGGAAGAAAAAGGAGCAUUUGUGCAGUUCCAACCAUGGGAAGGAUAGGGACAUACGGAAUGGCGACCAAAGGAUAAAGAAGAGCAGGGUGCCUGCCGCAUUAUGUGAGAAGGGGAGGGAAAAGGAUGGCCUGAACAAAACCAACAGCAAGAAGAUGGUGGGUGUUGACCUGGACAAGAAAAAGACGAUUACAUCGAAUGACUACAGUAAGGUUGAGGGUAAGAAAAAGGUCAACACCGCAUCCCUUGAGAAGGAGAGGAAGAAAAAACUUCCCAAUGCCAGCACUCGGAAGAAUACGCGAAGGGAUGAUGGCGAGGGAGGGAGGAUUAUGAGUAACUCUGAUACUAAGGUGAAGAGCAAGAAAGUGUCCACCACAUUAUCUGAGAAGGAGAAGAAUAAGGAAAAGCUGAACAAAACACACAGAGAGAAGAAGAUGCAGGCUGCUGACAGCAAAAUGAGGAAUCAUGACAGUGGAGUGAACAAGAAAAAGGUGUCCACAAAAUUUUGUGAUAAAGAAAAGAAAAGGAAAAGGCCAAACAAUACCAACAGUGAGAAGGAGACUGCGCCAAUCACAUCUGCUGUUAAAGAGAAGAAAAUGAGGACCACUGAGAGCAUGGAGAUUAAGAUGAGACAUGACCGACAGAAUAGGAGAAAUGUGCCACUUGAUGUAUCCAACGAGAAGAUGGAUAUAUCAAGUCACUCUAACUAUAAAAUAGGGAAGAGGAAAUUACUACACACACAAUUGAAGAAAAAAAAGAGGAUGCAGUGCAAUGAUAGUGAUAAGAAGAUUCACGGUGCCAAGGUGAAGGAAAUGAAAAUAUUUAGCUGCGGCAAGGAAAAGGUUAAUCAGGCUUCAUUCGCAUUUUUUAAAGUCAUGUGCAACAAUUUCGAGAAAUUUCUGGUGAUACCACUAACUGUUGCACCCAGAUUGGAGUAUUUGACUAAUCAUCUUGUAUUUCUUAAAGAUUCAAAGGGAAAAUGUUCAGUGGUCAUGGUAUCGAAGGUCGCUGGUUCCCUUACUUUUGAUCAGGGAUGGGAUAUUUUUGUUUCAAACCAUUUGAUUAAAUGGGGUGAGUUUCUGUUGUUUGAGUAUAUUGCUGAGAGUACAUUUUCUGUGCGGGUUUUUGGUACAGACUCUAGUGAAAGACUCUACUUCAAUGCUGAGAGCACAACUAAAGGCGAAAGAAAGAAACAGACAUGGAGUAAUAUGUCACCUGAUGAUUUGGUCUUCAACGAUGGUAGUUCAGAAAACAUAGAUAAUGGAAACUAUGUUUCUGGCGAAAAUCCCAGGACCAAAGUGCCUCAAACUGGUCAUGUGACUUACAAUACAAAAAAAGACCCUAAACCAGUUGAACAUGUGGUUGGAUCUGGACUAGUGGCACAAGAUAACAAUGGAAAUUUGAUUGAUCCACAGUGCAAAACAAAGGGCACUUCUCCACUGUGCAGCAAAGGAAAAACACUAAUUAUGCUUAUAGAUUCUGAAGAUUCUGAACCUUUAGAGCAUGAAAAUGGGGAUACAAUGAAGCUAGCCACAUCAGGUGCAGAUUCAGAUACAAGUCUUGUGGCUGUAAAUACCAAUGAAGACCCUAUAAGAGCUCAGAGUGGCAUUGGGAAUGGACCCUCAGUUGUACUAGCUGACGAGAAGGGGAGUUCCCCUGAAAUUGAGUGUGGAACCAAGUCCAUUUCAGCAACAUGCAGCGAAGGAAAAACAAGAUCUCAAAUAAUUAUAACUGCUACAGCUCUCUUGGAUUUACAUGAUUCAGAUGAAGAUUUAGGAAGAAAACAAAGAACAAAUGCCAUUCCUUUAGAUUCUAUCACGACUGUGGUAGAUUAUCAUAAUCAUAGCAAGACGAACAUUAUCCAAAACUUUUACAGAAAAUAUGAAGCUCCUGGAGGUUUUCGCUGCUUGGAGAAGUGGAGGAAGGAUGUUGUGAACAAUCAAGCAUCUCUUGAUUGCACUGUACCGAUUAAACCUGAAAACCCACAAAAAAAUGACAGCAUGUUGGUUGAUGGUUAUGGUUCAAUUGAACUAAACCCUGUAGAUGAGUACAUUUGUUCCGAGGGCAAUCAUGAAUGUGUCCAACCAAUAUUCACCAUGCCCAUCAAAGAACCAUCAAGUGCUGAUAGAGUAACCAAUUGCGGACACGAUGGGAUAGAGAUCGACUAUAGCAUCAAUGAGAAAGAUGGAGGUGCUUCUGUUCUACUUGAAGCAAAAGGGGAACGAUUGGAACCUAUGGGAAGCAUUGUACAUAGCCAAAGUAACAAUGUCCCGUUGUGUGCGAACCCUGUAGUUCGGGGUAAGGAUGGUGCACCAGGACUAACCCCUAUUGGGUCUGAAGGAAGUUGUGCCUUUAUUGAAUCAAUGCUCACAGGGCCCAUUGAGAAAACCUCAAGUCCUGACGAAAUAUCCAAAUGCAGCAGUAGCACGAUAGAGAUCGAACAUAAUGUCAAUGGAAAAGGAACUACUGUUCAAUUUGAAAUCCAAAUGGAUCAAGUGGAGCCAGUGAGGAGCAGUGUACGCAGCAAAAGUUGCAACAUUGUUCUACGUGCCAACGAAUCAGAACAUCGUUCCUCCGAACAGGAAGGUAGAAUGUCUAGUAACACUGAGGUCCCAGAGCCUUUGUUGCCUAUGAAGGACGAAAUUCUGAAGCUGGAUUGUCAUUCUCCACCAGAGAUCAACUCGCAACUGUGCAUUCCUGAUACCACUCAGAAAUGGCUUGACCUAUCCAAGUCGCUUUCCAGUGCAGUUAGACAGAGAAGGCAUCAUUGGGAUGUUAUAAUGCUGAAGGAUCCCAUGAAGAGAUUAUGGCCUAUUAUUUACCAUGACAGCCCAAUAUUUGUGGGCUUCACGGCGGGCUGGAAAUAUUUUGUUGCAGCAAACAACCUCGAGACCGGGGAUGUCUGCGAGCUUAUUAAGGAGUCAGACGAUGAUGAGCCUGUGUACUCUGUCCGGAUGCGUGGUAAAAUUUAA